AUGACGGGCAUGCCCGCGUUCCGCGCCACCUUGUACAACGUGCUGAUGAAGCGCAACUCGGUGUACGUCACGGCGUGCGUGCUGGGCAGCUACGUCGCCACCAACGCCUACCUUUCCGGCACCGACUCGAUCUGGAAGUCGAUUAACAAGGGCAAAUCAUGGGAGGAGGUCCAAGCCACACUGCCGCCCAAGGAGGACGAGGACGACGAUUAG